AUGGAUUUCGGACCUCGGUGCUCUGUGCUUCUCUUUGUAAGAGCCCUUAUCAUUUCUACUGCAGUAUCUGCGGUCAAUCUUGAGGGAGAACUUUUCAAAGAUUUGAUGAAGGGCUACAACAAAAAUGUCCGGCCAAUGGAGAAGAAUGGAAACAUCACUCAGGUCUUCAUCAAGAUGACACUUACCAACCUCAUCUCUCUGAACGAAAAGGAGGAGGCCCUGAUGACCAGUGUUUGGAUAGAAAUGGAAUGGUGUGACUACAGACUUAGGUGGGACCAGCCACCUCGAUCAGCUCUAUAUGGAAACAUAAAGUCUCAGCUGCGGGUUCCCUCCCAAAACAUCUGGCUGCCUGACAUCAUAUUAGAGAACAAUGUGGAUGGACAAUUUGAAAUAGCAUACUACUGCAACGCACUGGUGUAUCCUGACGGCUGUGUUUACUGGCUGCCUCCUGCCAUCUACCGCAGUGCGUGUCCCAUCACUGUAAACUACUUUCCCUUUGACUGGCAAAACUGCACCAUGGUUUUCCGCUCCCAGACUUACAGUGCCAAUGAGGUUGAGCUGGUGCUCCAGAAAAAUUAUACUGGUAAUUACACACUGGAGUGGGUGGAGUUUGACCCAGAGGCUUUUACAGAGAAUGGAGAGUGGGCCAUCAAACACAGACCAGCCAAGAAGGUGAUCAACUCUCAGUACACUAGAGAUGAACUGGAGCACCAGCAGAUAGUUUUCUUCCUCAUCAUCCAGCGGAAGCCUCUUUUCUACAUCAUCAACAUUAUUGCUCCCUGUGUGCUUUUCUCCUCCCUCGGCCUUCUGGUUUACUUCUUACCUGCCAAAGCUGGGGGUCAGAAGUGCUUCAUGUCUAUUGCCAGCCUUCUGGGCCAGACUGUGUUCCUCUUCCUCAUUGCUAAAAAGGUUCCAGAGACAUCAAAAGCUGUGCCUCUCAUUGAAAAGUAUCUGAUGUUUGUGAUGUCAGUGACCACCAUGGUAGUGAUGAACGGUGUGAUAGUCCUCAAUGUAUCUCUGAGGACCCCCAACACACAUAAAAUGACAAAUCAAGUCAGAAAGAUCUUCCUCAACAUCCUGCCUCAGCUGCUGAGGAUGAGGAUGAAACGCUGGGCAGCAAACAGUGACAGACGAUGUCACAGUGGGGGCGAUGAACCCAUGUCUGCAGACAGAAUAACCCGCAGGCGCCGCAGCUCGGUGAUUCUUAUGACCAAAGCAGAAGAAUAUUCACUGAAAAUGGCUCGAUCUGAGCUCAUGUUUGACCAACUCAAACAGAGGAAUGGGUUGAUGAGAUCCGUGCUGGAAAAGCUUAACGACGGACUGUCGGGGGACACAGCUGAGCGGCUUAGUCUGAGUCUGGCACAGGCCUCUCCAGAACUGAAACAGUGCGUAGCCUCCUGCAAACACAUUGCUGAGACCACAAGACAACAGAGCAACUUCCAAAGUGAAAAUGAAGAAUGGUUCCUGGUCGCCCGGGUGAUCGACAGGGUCUGCUUUAUUGCUAUGGCACUCGUGUUUUUCAUCGGCACCGCUGGUAUCUUCCUGAUGGGGUAUUUCAACCAGCCGCCUUCCGCGCCUUUCCCUGGGGAUCCCAGGAAGUAUCUCCCUCCAUGAGAGAGCACUGUUGUAGCUGUGAACAGGGGUGGGGGAGCAGACCUUAUGGCAUGAGCCAGGAGGAAAUC